AUGUCUACUCUCAACUGCCUCAACAAUACAAACCUUCAUGAAGGCCCCUUCGCCUCAACUGAAUACAACAAACUCCCUCACAUUGAUGACAUGAAGGAUGCCGCAGCAAGUCAUCCGAAGGAACAUGCCAUCCUACUGGGCAUCAUUGCCGCUCAUGGACUGUCUGAGCAAUUCUCUAUCCAUCUCGUCCACAAGCAUUUUAACAUUGCUGAUGGACGAGUUAUGGUCUACGAAACUGUCCAGGGGAAUUCUCAUGGUGGCUUCGCUGCCCCUGGUGGAACAAUGGUUGCCUACGAGUUCACCACUGAGCCAGGCAUGGACUUGUCAGACCACGAGAGCUUCAUCAACAAAUUCGCUACUGCUGUCUUGGAGCUUGGAGUCGAGGACAUAUUUGCUCUGACUGCUCUCUCCAUCUGUCCCCGGGGACAAUGUCCUCAUAGAGACGUCCAGCUGGCCACUUCAACCGACUGGCUCGUAACCUCUGAUUAUGCACAAUACGCCGGAGGCUCAGUUCCGGGCAUGAUUCAACUCAAGUGCUCAGUCACUCGCAGCGGCUCCCACUACAACGUCACCUGCAGCAGGACCAGGAACGGCAGCCAUCUGGGCCAUGCCCCUGACCCUUUUUCUGGUGACCCACCACAGGAUCAGGUCCUCACAAUCAACGGUGAAGCUCUCGAAGAAGGAACCGAGCCACACGCCAUCGUCCCACGCCUUGGAGGUGAUUGA